GAAGAAGAAGUUGACGACCACGAUCCUUUUGAGGAAGAGGCUAAAGAGCCCCAGAGGGAGGUGGGUGUGUCUGAUAGUGAUGAUCGGGAUCCUGGUGGCGCCGUCGUGAGCAUGGACUCCGAGGGUGUGGACGAGGACUAUGACUGGAGCCGGAGUCGGACCGUUGUUGCUCCAAAGGCUACUUACCUUCUGUUUGCCGAGCCUCUUCUCAAUGACAAGGGCCCCACCAUUGCCUCAGCGAUUCAGCCGAUUGUCUUGUACCUUCAGCCUUUGGUUCAAUGGCUGCGUCAACAGGCUAUGAGGACCUCUACGAGUACUCCUGGAGUUCCACAAGGCAAUGGAGGCUUGAAGCAGGUUCCCAAGAUGCUGACGAGAUUUGGCUUGAAGGUCUUGGUGAAGAAGCGGAGGUAUGCGGCUUCGGGAGCUCUGAUUCGCUUGGAGUUUGAUGAGCGUUGGUCCGAGGGUGUUUAUUUGGGUCUUUCUGAUCAAGUUGCCGGAGGACACCUGGUUUAUGUCGAUGGCAUCUUCACCCACACUCGAAGUGUACGGGACAAGGCGAAGCUAGUUGAUGCGGGCGAGUAUCAGCUUGAGGAGGAGAAGAAGAAUACAUGGCAAGUCGGCUCCUCGUGUGAAGAAGUUGUGUCGGCACCUCGUGUGGCAGUUCGUGAAGGCACCUUUGUUCUGGAACGCUACGAUGAUGACCUGUCGAGCGAUCAGGAGGAGAUCUGUGGCUACAGCCAUUGGGUUGGAGAUGCUCGAGAUAGCCGUGAGGUUCAGAGUCCUCGUGUUGCUGUUCUCGGACGCAAUCCCGAUCAUGAACCCGACGAAGAUGACUCACCUGGCGAUCAGAAGAAGAUCCGUGAUUUUGAGGUGUAUGCACAGACAGUCCUGAGCCAAGGUCUUAGGAACACUGGUUUGCCGCCGAAGGUGGGCGACUACCCUCUGGCUACCAAGGUUGUGAACUCGUUCAUCCGUGAGAAGCUGGGUGAAUCAGGAAGUUGGUCUACGCUCUCCAUGCAUCGGAAUUUGAGCGUGAAGAGACACCGCGAUUCACACAAUGCAAGAGACAAGGAGUCUCACCUCAUUCCCAUCAGCAACUUCAAGGACGGAGGCUUAUGGAUUCAACUUCAGGCCGACGAGGAGAUCAAUGCUGAAGAAGUUGUUGUGCUGGAUGGAGAACGAGGUCGUGUGAAGUCCUUUCAGUCUGAGGAGGGGAACAAGCGGAUCAUCUCGUUCAACUCAAGGGGCCUUGAGAAGAUCAACAGUUUGGAUGAGGAGAUUGUCGAGGGCUUAGGCUUCCAGCUACCCCAAGAACUGAUGAGUUCCCAAGCACCGAGGAUAUGCAAGCUUCUGGACAAUGAGGGUGGAGAGACUCAGGAACCUCAACACAUGGAGAUGGAGCUGGAGGCGGUGGAGACCUUCAUGCAUAUCCGAAUGACCGAGGAGGAGUGGAACUCUACCAGCGCAAGAUAUGGAGCGGAUCACUACAUCGCGGAGAUGGCUGCGACGUGGAGGUACAUCAAUCCUCAGGAUGGAGACCUGAACUCUGUGAUCCCUAAUGACAACAACCAGGGCUCCGGGUUUCGAUCCAGAUGGGAUGUCAGCGAACUGGAUAAAGACCUGGAUUUUCGUGGUGGAAUACCAAGGUUGGCAGGUAUGGGUGUUCAAGGGCAAGAGGAUCUUCUGCGUUUUGUGAAAGGGGAAGCCCGGAUGAGAAAGGCAGCCUUGGAGAACCUGUACACGGCCAACAUCGAGAAGAUUCUGGACGCAGUUGAUGAAGGAAACCCUUUAAAGGUGACUCGUACUGUUGAUCCUCGAGAAGUUCUACCUGUGGUCGAUAAGUGGGUCCCGGCGAUGCAAGCGGAGCUCACGGCGUUGGAACAGAUGCCAGCCAUAAAGCGCUACAAGGGAGCUGAGGCGAAGGUGCGGAGGCAAGACCCUAACAUCGUGAUUGUGCCAAGCAAACUGGCGUUCACGGUGAAACCUGGAGCAACCCCUGGAACUUAUAGCCGUAAGGUCCGAGGAGUUGCAUGUGGCAACUUCUCUGGAGAGUCUGCGGAGGAGCUCGGUGAUGUUUCUUCGGCUGGAGCCACGACAGAUCUGGUGAGGCUGUGUCUGUCUGAAGUCAACGCCAACCCAGGCUGGAUUGCGGCCACCGAUGACAUCAAGACGGCGUUUCUCAGAGCUCCAAUUACUGAGCAGCCGAAUGGGCGAAGGUCUGCAAUGGAAGCCCCUAGGGCUAUGGUGCGGGCAGGCUUGGCGGAGCCAGGAGAGCUGUGGCUGGCCACAGCUGCCGUGUAUGGAUUUCAGCGACCAAAGUGGUGGUCAGAGUAUCGCAACACGAUGGCGCGAAGGCCAAGGUAUGCUUCACCUACCGGAGGAACCAUGAAGAUUGUAGCCUGCGUCACGGACGAGAACUUGCACAAGCUCGUGGAGGUCUACGAUGAUGGGAGUGAACAUAUCAAGGGAUAUGUCCUGUUCUACGUGGAUGACACCCUGGCAGUGGGAACCCCAGAGUACGUGCACGGCUUCUACGAUUGGCUGGGAGCUACGUGGGAGACCAGUGGAAGAGAGGAGGGUGACAUGAAGGUCAAUCAACGGGGCUACAUUGAUGAGCUGUUGCGCAAGCACCAGGUGAACACCUACAGCAAGAUCCCCUUUGUCAAGGAAUGGGCCACCGACGGGAUUCCCGAGAGCCCCAACGCUUGUGAAGGAGGCCCAGCAGAGGUGUGGAGAAAUCCUCUGCACGACCCAGAGGUCGCGCCCAGAUGCUUCCUACGCCUACGCGGCGAUGGUGAUGGCGAGACUUACGACCAGAGAUCUAUUGAGAUUGCCAAGAAGAUCUUGUCCUACUACAACGGCACGAGGGAUGCUGGUUUUGUGGUUAGCCGAAACCAGCCCCGCGACCUGGUGAUGUAUAGCGACGCACCACAUUCCCCAGCGGGGGGAAAAUCAAUCUCCGGCACCGUGGUGCUAUGGAGGGGGCUUCCGGUAUGCUGGAGGGCGGCGAAUCAAGGACUCACCGCUUUAAGCAGUGCCGAAGCAGAACUUAUUGCCCUGAGUGAGGGAGCUCAGCUUGUACGGUCAGUGAGGACUACGUUGCAGGACAUGGGCAUCUUCCCGGACAAGUGCGAGCUGAGGGUGGAUGCCACUGCGGCGAUUGCGGUGGCAAACUCCGGGGGCAGCUGGAGAACACGUCAUCUACGACUACGUGAUCACUGGCUGGCAGAGUUGGUUGAUUCAGGUGAGUAUCAGCUUCUACAUCAACCUGGAUUAGACCAGCUUGCAGAUGGCCUCACGAAGCAGCUCGUAACGUUCUUCGAGGGCGAGGACGUGGAGGCAGCAACAGCAGAUUCCACAGCAGCAGCAGCAGCAGCAGCAGCAGCAGAUUCCACCGCAGCAGCAGCAGCAGCACGCUCCACAGCAACAACAGCAGAUCUCACAGCAACCACCGAGCACCGAACACUUGCAACAGUUGUGAAUGGAAGGACCAGGAGUAGGUGCAUCCAGGUUGUAAUAGGUCUUGGGUUGGUUGCUGGCGUGUUCGGAGACAAGGACCUCCAGGAGUACACUGGUGUGGACUCUGAUCAUGAGCUUUGUAUUGCUGUGUUGAUUGUGAUGAUCACUACAAUUUUGGUUUGGGAGUGGUCAAAGAAGGCUGCUGGAGGAGUGAAAAGAGCUGUAAAAAUGAAGAUGCUGAAGCCAGCCGCGAAGCAUGGCCUCUCGAAGCCAGAAGGGAAGGAGCUACUGGGACUUUUGGGGCUGGAGACAAGAUCGGUCGAGCAAGAGGCGCGUCUUGCUGUACUGAUCAACAAGUUUCAGCUCCAGAACUCUGGAGGGCUUGGAGAAUCGGCCGGAAUUGACCAAGCCCGGGUCUUCAGGACGAUGAAGGGGUGA